AUGACCAAAAUAAUUUUCCCAAAGGCAGGACUCUUUCUCAAGCAGCAUCAGAAACAGAACGAUGCAAAAGACAUCGAUGGAGGGUCGUCUUUCACAACUGAGAUUCACUCUGAUUCAUCCCUAGACGGCGCUUCUACUGAUCGUCAGAACCGAAAGGAGCAGGAAUGCAUCCGGAAGCUGAAGGAAGAAUGCCGAUUCGCAAACAUCUCCGCCUCCGAUAUCAUCAUCUUUCGCUUUGCUUGCUUCUACGACUUUCAUUUUGACAAGGCUCGAACUGCCAUUGUUCAGAAGUUUGAUGACCUUCAUCUAAACCUUCGAAUGGAAGACAAGCUAUGUGAACAAUUCCAAAACAAGGUUAUCUUCCCCCUACCAGGUCUCAUGACCAAGAACAAGAAACAUGAAGUGCUCUACUUUCACGCCUCUCGCCACUUUCCAGCAACAAUGGAUACUGAAAUGCUCAUCAAGAACAUGACCUACAUUUUCAACGACAUGAGCUUGACAAAAGAACAAUGCCGCAAUGGAGUUGCAAUGGUCAUCGAUUUGAACCAUUGGACAUUCAAGAACUUCACGCCUGAAUGUUCUAACAAAUUUUUCAAGGCCCUUCAAUAUCAAGUACCAACAAAGGUCGAAGCAGUUUACAUCGUGAAUGCCCCAAACUGGUUUCCGAAAAUGUAUCGCCACUUGUUCAAGAAGAUGAUGGCCAAAUCAUUUGCUAAGAAAGUGCUAAUCUUGAAGCACCCACAGCAGUUGCAAAACCAUUUGAUGGAUGGCUGCGAAAAAUAUUUGCCAGUCGAAAUGGGAUAUUGGGUCGAUUCAUCAGAGAUCAUUGAUGAUUUCGUUGACAUGAAGCUUCACAGUGAAUCGAACCAUUGA